GAAGAGCGCCCAGGGCCCUGGCGGGACACAGCUCAGGCGGCGCUGACUCCUGGCAGGUCUCUCUCCUCCUUGCCCCAGCUCCUCAGGAAGCAGCUUGCAGGCAGUGGUCAGAAAGCAGCAGGCCAGACCGAAUGGAGGGUGGGAAUAGCAAGCGGCAGUAGAAGAGGUACUAGGUUCCUGGGCUGGGACAGGGAGGCUCAGUGGGUGCUCGGGAGGGCAAGGCUGCUGAACUCUGCUUUUGCCAACCACUUCCUGUCUCUCUUCAGCGGGGGCUCAACCCCCAGACCUCCAGAAAUGACGUCAGAAUCAUUUGCAUCCCACUGCCUCUACCUGCCCGGUCCAGCUGGGACCCUGCCUCGCCGGCCCCUUGGCCAGAGGGUUGGGUGAGUGUGUAUACACGGGGAGGGGCUGGACUCUGGUAUGCUUGGAUGGGGGGCACCCCAGGCUCUUCAGCCUCCUGGGCUCAGCCUGGGCUCCUCCCCAUCCAACCUCCACUCCAGUCCUCAUUCAACUUCCUCUUCCUGCGAAAGAGGGGCGCUGCCCGGUGACCUCCACAGACAGACAGGAUCGCCAUGCCUGGAAACCUCCGGAGAAGCUCAGGAGCUGAGGCCCCAGGGGCCCAUCGGCAGCCCAAGGGGAGACUUCAGGAGCGGGCUGAGUCACAGCCUCCCGACAGCCCCUCAAUGCCCAGGCUGGGGAGGAGCGCUGGGGGCGUCCUCUCCUUUCACAGGGGAGGGCUGUCAGUCUGUGGGGUGUGCACUGAGACACCCCAGCCCCUGCCAGCUAACCCCACAUCAGCACCACCACCACCCCAGCAGCAGCACCACCACCACCACACACACAAAAAAAUUGGAUACAUUUUGAAUAAAGCGAUUCGGUUCCUUAUCCGGGGACUGGGUUGCUCCGUGUGAUUGGCCGGCGGAGUCACAUGGUGAAAGUAACUUUACAGGGUCGCUAGCUAGUAGGAGGGCUUUAUGGAGCAGAAAAACGACAAAGCGAGAAAAAUUAUUUUCCACUCCAGAAAUUAAUGAUCAUGAGCUCGUAUUUGAUGGACUCUAACUACAUCGAUCCGAAAUUUCCUCCAUGCGAAGAAUAUUCGCAAAAUAGCUACAUCCCUGAACACAGUCCGGAAUAUUACGGCCGGACCAGGGAAUCGGGAUUCCAGCAUCACCACCAGGAGCUGUACCCACCACCGCCUCCGCGCCCUAGCUACCCCGAGCGCCAGUAUAGCUGCACCAGCCUCCAGGGGCCGGGCAAUUCGAGAGGCCACGGGCCGGCCCAGGCGGGCCACCACCACCCCGAGAAAUCACAGCCGCUCUGCGAGCCGGCGCCUCUCUCAGGCGCCUCCGCCUCCCCGUCCCCAGCCCCGCCAGCCUGCAGCCAGCCAGCCCCUGACCAUCCCUCCAGCAACGCCAGCAAGCAACCCAUAGUCUACCCAUGGAUGAAAAAAAUCCACGUUAGCACGGUGAACCCCAAUUAUAACGGAGGGGAACCCAAGCGCUCGAGGACAGCCUACACCCGGCAGCAAGUCCUGGAAUUAGAGAAAGAGUUUCAUUACAAUCGCUACCUGACCCGAAGGAGAAGGAUCGAGAUCGCCCACUCGCUGUGCCUCUCUGAGAGGCAGAUCAAAAUCUGGUUCCAAAACCGUCGCAUGAAAUGGAAGAAGGACCACCGACUCCCCAACACCAAAGUCAGGUCAGCGCCCCCGGCCGGCGCUGCGCCCAGCACCCUCUCGGCAGCCACCCCGGGCACUUCUGAAGACCACUCCCAGAGCGCCACGCCGCAGGAGCAGCCGCGGGCAGAGGACAUUACCAGGUUAUAAAACAUAACUCACACCCUGCCCCCACCCCAUGCCCCCAUCCUCCCCUCACAUACAAAUUGACUCUUAUUUAUAGAAUUUAAUAUAUAUAUAUUUUGGUUCUUUUCUCUCUUCUUCCCACCUUAUCCCUUGUCAGUUCCAAACAGACAGGACAGAUAAACAAACAAGCCCCCUGCCCUUCUCUCCCUUCUACUAUUAAGGACCCUUAAAGCAUGUGAUGUUGUCUUAGCAUGGUACCUGCUGGGUUUGGUUUUGUUUUUUUAAAGGCCAUUUUGGGGGGUUAUUUAUUUUUUAAGAAAAAAAACUGCAAAAAUUAUAUAUUGCAAGGUGUGCUGGUCUGGUUUGGGUGAAUUUCAGGGGAAAUGAGGAAAAGAAAAAAGGAAAGAGAUUUUUAAAGCUAAUUCUCAUCCUUCUCCUCCUCCUCCUUCUCCCCCCUCUUUCCUUAGGCCUUUUGCAUUGAAAAUGCACCAGGGGAGGUUAGCGAGAGGGAAGUCAUUUUAAGGAGAACAAAGCUAUGAAGUUCUUUUGUAUUAUUGUUGUGGGGGGAGGCUGGGAGGGGAUGGGGGAAGACAGCAGACAAAGCUAAAUGCAUCUGGAGAGCCUCUCAGAGCUGUUCAGUUUGAGGAGCCAAAAGAAAAUAAAAAUGAACUUUCAGUUCAGAGAGGCAAGUCUAUAGGUAGAAUCUCCCCACCUCGCCCCCCAUCGUGGUUAUUGUGUUUUUGGACUGAAUUUACUUGAUUAUUGUAAAACUUGCAAUAAAGAAUUUUAGUGUCGAUGUGAAAUGCCCCGUGAUCAAUAAUAAACCAGUGGAUGUGAAUUAGUUUUA